ACACUUCCGGUACGUCACCGGACGGCCCUGCCUGUGUUCUAACGCGAGGCAAGCGGACCCAUUGGGUGACGUCACCUAACCGGGAGCGGAGUGCGGAGUCCGAGUGGGUGCGCAUGCGCAACAGGCUAUUUUCACGCACCUGCGGCCGUGUCCGCUGCUAGAAUCCGGCGCGCGGGGUUUCCAGCGCUGUGGCUCGGUACUGGGGUCUAGCGCUUUCCCCUGCAGCAGGCAAGAAACCGGAAGGAGUUCCGGAGCCCGCGAACCAGCAGCGGAAGUGGAAACAGUGAGUAAGUGAGGGAGAAUUCUGCCUCAUGUAACAAGUCACUGUCAUCUUAAAUGUGAGGCUCAAAUGUCUGGAGCUGAGAUGCGACCAGGGAAAGGAACUGUGGCUAGCUAAGGAGGCCAUGCCUGAAGUUGCUUCCAGAUCUCAUGUCAACACCAAGCCCUCAGCUGCUGGUGGCAGCUGCUCAACAGACCCUGGGCAUGGGAAAGAGAAAAGGUCCAUCUAGAGCCAUCUGCCUUCACUUAGCUGGAGAGGUGCUAGCUGUGGCCCGAGGGCUGAAGCCAGCGGUGCUCUAUGAUUACAACUGUGCAGGAGCAUUGGCUCUCCAAAGUUAUCUGGAGGAGCUGCAGAGGCUGGGUCUCCUCAGCCCAGGACUUCACAUUCUUGAGAUUGGAGAAGACUGCCUUAUUGUCAGUCCUAAGCAUGCAUGUCAGCACUUGCAGCAGGUGCUGCAUGGUACUGUAGCAUUGGUGGAUGUUUCUAGCUCCCAACCAUACCCUUCCCUCUGUUCCCUGGACCAGCUUCAGGACUUGAAGGUUUUUGUAGCUGAGAUCACCAUGCAUUUGCAGGAGCUGCAGAGAGACCUAUCUCUAGGAGUCUGUCCUAGCAGGCUACAUUCCUCAGACUGGAAUCUGUGUACUGUAUUUGGGCUUCUUCUAGGCUAUCCUGUCUCAUACACUUUUCACCUGAACCAGGGGAGUGACAACUGCUUGGCCCUGACCCCACUACGGGUGUUCACUGCCCACACCUCGUGGCUUCCAGGUCAGCCCCCAGUCUUGCUGUAUUCUUUUAGUGUCCCAGAGAACUUGUUCCCAAACUUGAGGCACAUUCUAAAUGCCUGGGAGAAGGACCUCAGAACCCGAUUCAGGACUCAGGAUGACUUUGCUGACCUCUGUAUCACCUCUGAAAUAGUCACAGUGCCAGCUGUGGCCCUCUGACUUUAGCUGUCCUCCUAUAUAAAAGGCAUCCUAUAAGUGAUCAUCUCUGUGUUGAGGAUGUCAACUAGUAAUCAUUUAAAGUACCAAUUCUAAGUGUUUGGAGAGCACUAGGAAAAAAUGCUGUAAUCUAUCUGCAAAACAUGAGAAUGGGAAUUGGUAGUAGUGGUGGUAGCAGUGGUAGUACAUAUUUGGCAUUUCUAUAUUAGGGAGUUUUCUAUGAGCAGAGAUGCCUGUUUUUGUUUUUGUUUUGUUUUUUUUUGUACCGGGAAUUGCACUCAGCACCUUGUGCUUGCCAGGCAGGUGCUGUGCUGCUGAGCUAUAUCCCUGGUCCUUAAUUUUUCAUUAAGAGAUAGAAAGGAAGUGACAAGUGGGGAAAAGUGAGUUGUGAAGGACAAGUAGCCCUUCUGUCUUGCCCUGUGAUGAUGGUGUUUUCUAGGAGGGGAGCAGGCUGGUGUGUUUGUGCAUGUUUAU